AUGGAUAAUGCACACACGCUCAUAAAAUUCCAUUUACUAAAUGCAAGUUUGCUUCAUAACAACAGUUCACACUUCGUUGAUAAUGGGCUUGUACCUUGGGCCUUUGUGCGUCUAGCCCACAUACUCUCACAGGUUAAACAUUUGUCCAAACACAAGACAAUGGAAGAUACACUUGUGGCCAGCCACUGCAAGCACAUGGCUACAGCAUGGAGUUUGGCCAACCAAAACCCCGUCAUCUGCUCCAAAAUUCCUCGGAACCCAAUUGGAUGA